GCAGGGUCAGGGACCUGGGUUCCGAAGGAGCAGGGAUGCAGAACAGAACCUGUCUAGUUCUCUGUGUCUUUGUCCUCCUGACGGGCUUCCUGAUGAUCUGCCUGGGGGCCUUUUUCAUUUCCUCAGCCUCCCUGUUCAACUGCCAGGGGAACUUGACCCUGGCCUAUUUGCUUCUGCCUCUGGGGUUUGUGAUCCUUCUGAGUGGAAUUUUCUGGAGCACCUACCACCAAGCCAGUGAAAGCAAAGGGGUUUUCAAGCGUGUGCUCAGACAGUGCCGUGCUCAGGGGGCCCUGCCCCUGGCCACAGUGGACAGACCAGGUUUUUACCCUCCAGCUUACGAAGAGAGUCUUGCUGCUGACAAGCAAGCCUGUCACAGAGAGCAAGAGACCUCGGGUGCUCCUCCACCUCCAUACGCAGAGAUGGGCCUCGGAUUUCAGGAUGAAGAUGGGGCCCACCCAGAGGCCCCACCGCCCUACGACGAGUCUGUGGCAGAACGGGUGGCGGCAGCAAGGCCGAGGCAGGACGCUCAGAGGCGAAGCCAAGAGUGCUGAAGCAGGGGAUGUGCGCCAGCCCUCACGACGCACCCUCAUGGGCGGCAGCUACUGAUAAUAAACACAGGCAGGGACUGUGGGAGGAGAAGCCACAGCAGUGACCCCACACAUGCGCUCGCGGCAGGGACUGUGGGGGGGCAAGGCGAUUCCACGUCUGUGCUUGGCCUGCGAGGGCAGGGUGGGGCACCGGGCAAACAUCUCAAAGGGUGCACAGUCAUCCCAGCCCAGGGAAGCUUUUGCACUGCAAAGGUUUUGUUGUGAGAGCUCUGCUCGAGAGAGCCUUUCUGCCCCUUCCCCAACACUUCUCCCAUCUCCUGACCCGCAGCAGGGAGGAAGAGGCGCUGUUUGGACACCAUGCGCCUUCAUGGACUGCGUUACAAAUACUCACAAAGGGAAAAGGCAAGCUGGCCACCAACAGUCAUCAUCGUUAAAAUUGUGGGUUCUGCUGCCUGGUUGCAGAGUUAUCCUCAUUUACCUACUGCCGGUGGCACAGUGAUUCACACAUUGUAAGAGAUUUGCCCCUGGAGCCCAUGAAUGUUACUUCGUAUGACUUUAAGUACGUAUAUUUUAUUUCUAGGUGAAAGGAAAGUGACUUCAAUACUUACUUUCAAAAUGGUUCAAGCACAAAAUCUUAAAUGUGUAUUUUAAGAACGGGAUGGUUUUACAAGCAUAUAUGAGAAGAUUUCUUAAGAGACUCAAGUUGAAUAAAGAGAAUAUUCAAACAUUCAUAAUACACAGGAUUCAGGGGAAAAAAAAGAAUUUGUGCUAGCCAUAGAUUGUGUUAAUACAGAAGACACAAAUCUUGAAAAGCUUUAAAAUACCCAUACAUUUCAGUGAAUCCCCCUGUAAAUCUCUAGAAUUUGAAAGAAAGGAGACUAUAGUGUAGUACCUUAAUCAUUAACAGACAAUUCUUUGUGUCUCAAAACACAGAUCCAGA